AGCGCCGGCCGUGUGCUUUGUGGUCAAUGCGUAUUUGCAUUUAAUAAGGAUCCGCUAGACAUUUUAUUUCCCGUAACAUUUGCCUCUAUUUAGACUUAAUUAUAAUGUGUGUUUGUGCUGGUUGGAGUGCGAGAACAUUAGCUGUCGAUUUUUUGAUUUCUUUUUGGCACGCCUUUAGCUAGAGCUUAAACUCAACGAUAUCGGUAUCCAGCGAUGACGUCAACUGGCGCUCCGCCUCAUCCGGCACAUGCACACAGAAUCACAAUCUUUGUGAUUCGUUGUAGAAUUUUAGCGGACGUUAAUUUUCAAGCUGCAGUGCGGAAUUUAACCCGUUUAGGCCUUCGCGGAUUGCACAAAAUCCCAUUCGAUUACCUUAUCUUCACUUGAUACAGCAAUAUCGUGACUGACUGAUUGUUAUCAUCUGCAUCCUUGCACCCGGCGCACAACGCCUCCAGUCGACAGUUGUAUCUUGGAGACCGGCCGAUGCCAGAAGCUGUGAUCGUUCUUCGUUAGUUUACCAACACCAAUUUGCAUAAUGAUGAGUUGGAAUACUAGUGAAACCAUUGCGGAUUUACUUCUCAAUCAAACUGAUUCGCCUGCAUCAUCGGUUGUGCGGGACAAAUGCGGCUGGAUCCCGGCAUAUGGCCGCGUGCAACAGCAUCCGCUGCGGCUGUUGGACAUUUACUCGUAUCCUUUCCUGCUUUUCCUCGCUACACUGGGCAAUAUCAUCAAUCUGAUGGUGUUGACCAAGGACAAGCCCUUUGCGUCAAAAAGUAUCUACUUAAUCGCGUUGGCAGCCAUGGACAUGCUGUAUAUGUGGUGCGCUCUUCUAUACUAUGUUACGGGCUUUGCCCGGGAGACGGAAAUCUUAAACAUUUAUUUGGAUUCACUGACGGUAAUUGGGGAACAAAUCUCUGGAGUAACCGGCUUCUUUCAAGAAAUCGUAAAUACAGCUUCAACAUGGCUGAUUAUUGCUUUCACCAUUGAGCGCUUUGCGGCAAUUAAAUUUCCGUUAUGGCAUUUGCGCCACUGUCACAGCCGGCGCGGGACACUCAUCCUGACCGCCAUCCUGACGCUGGCGGCAUUGUUCGCCGUCAAAUCCCUGGUGCGUCACUAUUGGUACUACCACCACUUCCUUCGCUACCAGCCGCCACCGGCACAAGUGCCACCCUAUCCCCCGCUCUUAGCCACGUGGUACAAUGGAUACCAAAUUGCAAGGAAUCUCAACCAAAUGACGGCCUUCCUAGUGAUUCUCGUCCUCAAUGGUUGGCUGGUGAUCUCCGUGGCUCGCCAGCAGCGCUUCCGCCGCGAGAGUCUGCACGCCGCGGAGAGUAACCGCUCGCACAUUGACUGGGGCGCACUGGGCAUGUUGACAGCCUGCGUCUCACUGUAUCUCAUCACGCAGACUCCAGCCUUUGUUAACCGCAUUCUAGAGCUAUUGCACCAUCACUGCAUCCGGGAGCGGUCCUAUGUCACGCGGACGAUUCUGGCGUAUUUGCAGAAUUUUCUCUUGAAUGUCAAUUAUUCCUCUAACUUCAUCGUGUAUUGCGGUACCAAUCCCAAAUUCCGCUUGGCGGUGCGGCGUUUGUUUGUGACCCCCGGCGUGGCUAUUCUUCGGAAGGCGUCGCAGGAUGUGACAAAGGUCACGGGAAGUACCCGCUUUUCCCGCGCUAAUUCCGAUAUACGCAGUUUGCUGAUGUUGCUGUAUAAAGAGAAGCACGUGGAUAUGGCCGGCAGUUCGUGAAAUAAACAUGUACAUUCUUGACCAAUAAGAUUUAUGAUGCUUUUCUGGGAGUUUCUGACAUUUCUGUUUAUAACAGUGAUGUAC